ACUACACACACCACGCAAUAAACAUAGAAUGUUGUUUUCAAGUUUUAAAAUCGUAUAGGUUAUUGCAAACUCUCGUGAAACACACAAUGACGUCACGUUCGUCAGUUUUCGGCACCCAUCGGGAACUGGGAUUAUACUCCCAGAAUUCCGUAGUAGCAGAUGUCCGCCAUAAGUGCUUGGUACUGUAUGUAGAAGGAUCGUGUCAGUACGAGUCCCAGUACGGCCUCAUGCAGCAUUCUCCUUCGGAGAUCAAGGAGAAGUUACUGAGGGCACUGGAUAAGGAAUACAAUGUUAUUAAUUAUGGCGCUGUGGAAGAAGUUAUUGGACUGCUGGAAAACACUCCAGUUACAAAGGAGGUGCUUGAGACUACACGGCUGGGACGAUACAUCAAUGAACUACGAAAGAAGACAACCGACGAAAUGCUUGCAAAACGUGCCAAAGGUCUGGUUCGUCAGUGGCGUCACAUGAUCAUGCCGGAGCGACAAAGUCCUGCACAUAGAGUGAACGGUGCGAGUGUUGGUGCAAGUGCGUGUGCCAGUGCAGGAGCAAGUCCAGUACAAAGUGGACCCACACCUGGACACGGAGCUAGCCCGGGACCCCAUUCACCAGCAGGCUCUCCCGGUCGACCUCCACACCAUGCAGACUCUGUACCGAGGACCAUUGCCGCCAACAAGCGGCUCCGAAAAGAUGACUCGGACGAAGGUCAGCCUCCAGCUAAAGUCGCACGACAAGUGAAUGGCGGGCUUGAAACAGACAAUCCUAUAGAAAGUGUCCCUGCCGUUAAAGGCUCAGCGACGACUGGUAGGCGUCGCCGAGCUCACCGUUCAACUAACUGUCAUAAUGACGACAUAGUCAAAAAGAAAUUGGCUUCGGCAGCUCGAGCACUGCGUGUGAAGACUACUCAGGAACUGCUGGCCGGUCUGAGUUCUUGCACCAGCAGUGGAUCGUACACGCCUUCGAGUACGACUCCGGAGCCAAAACCGGUAUCUCCUGCAUUGCACGCUCGGGCGUCUCCGGCAAUACGGCAGCCCUCGUCUCCGGCUUUGAGGCAGCCCGUGUCUCCUGCGGUGAGGCAGCCCGUGUCUCCUGCGGUGAGGCAGCCCGUGUCUCCGGCGGUGAGGCAGCCCGUGUCUCCGGCGGUGAGGCAGCCCGUGUCUCCGGCGGUGAGGCAGCCCGUGUCUCCGGCGGUGAGGCAGCCCGUGUCUCCGGCGGUGAGGCAGCCCGUGUCUCCGGCGGUGAGGCAGCCAGUGUCUCCGGCGGUGAGGCAGCCCGUGUCUCCGGCGGUGAGGCAGCCCGUGUCUCCGGCGGUGAGGCAGCCCGUGUCUCCGGCGGUGAAGCAGCCCGUUUCUCCGGCGGUGAGGCAGCCCGUGUCUCCGGCGGGGAGGCAGCCCGUGUCUCCGGCGGUGAGGCAGCCCGUGUCACCGGCGGUGAGACAGCCCGUCUCUCCAGCACUGAGGCAACCUCUGUCUCCUGCAGUUGUGACCCCAGUGUCUCUGGUAGUGCGGAAGCCGGUAUCUCCUGUAGUGCGGAAACCGCUGUCACCUGUAGUGCGACCUCAUCAGCUACAAGUACAUUCUAACACCGCAGGUGUUCCACCCCAUGAACCUGUAUCUCGUACCCUGUGUACGUCACCUGCCCCAUCUGUACCAACUCCCUCCCCGACACCACCACUCAGAGACGAUGUCGGUACUGCUGUCAUCAGUAUGCCAUCUGUGAAAACUGCUAGUACGCAUUUGUCCUCGGUGAAGCGGGUACGCCAGUCUCGAAUCGAUGCGAGCUCUGUUCCCGCAGCCCAAACUGUAAAACCUCCCCCUCCUGCACCGUCGCCCACUCCCUCACCUUCACUGUCACCAGCUCGCUCAGUGUCGUCACUGCUGAACGCUGUCAGUGAUUCCACCAGAUCGGGCGAUAUCUGUGCUCAGAUUGCAGAAAUAAUGUCUAGGCUUCCUCCAAUUGAUGCCUCUGCAGUGUGUCGAGAGGAGAUCUCACCGUCUGUCCAUUGCGAUUACCAAGCAGAAGAUCUUCUCGAUGGCGAGAUAGAUGGUGUGACUGGAAAUGUGUCUCACGAUGGCAAGUUUAGAGAAUGGCACGAGUGUGUAUCGCGGACGACUGCAGCUGGAGAGUUGCUUCAUAUACUACCGUAUACAAUUAUAGACUAAGAUGAUUUGGUUGAUUUGGCUGUUAUAUUGUUGCAUGUCACGGAUACUGAGUAGUGACGUGUACGGAAUAUGAAAUAUGCGCACCUGUGACUGAUAACCGUGACUGCGCCAUUGGCUGUGGUAUGCUAGUCGUCACGCAGACUGGCAAAUGGACCGUAAUUUUGUGAAACUGCAGCCGUGAAUUGUGUAAUUAUGGUGCUGUCUGGGGUCUGAAGGAUAGAAAUACAACAGCGAUAUCAGGGAUUUGUGCAUUUGCCUAGUUAUGGUACAGUACGUGCCGUGUGCACAUGGCUUGUGAUAAUUGGCAUAAAGGACAGCCCCGUCCUGUAUUUGCAACCUCACAUUUUCCGUACGCUGGGAAGUCAAGUACCCUAUAUUUAAUUGGAUAUCGUUGCCAAAUGUAGGGUUACUGUUAAUAUUGUAUAGGCUACACUGCCCAAUGUUGAUUUGUUGUAAGCAUCAACUUAAUACAUAUUUACUAGUGAGUCCGAUUGUAACUCAGAGUUUUGUACAGUUGCCUGUGCCUUUUACUAGUUGCCUGUCAUUCACUGGAGGAAUGAUUUAGUACUUAGAUAUAUUUAUACUUCAUUUUUUAUUUAAUGAUAUGCUUCAGUUCUUCCAAGUGAAUUACUUGCAAGAAUCAAGUUUUUGGUAACAGUAUUUGAAACGUAUCAAGCCAGAAUUCAUAUAGCUACUUAAACUGCAUACAACGAGAUGAAGAAUGCUUACAUUUGUCACCUUUCAUUAUUACCAUUAACACCAGCCAGUGAUGUUAAAGAUACUUAAUUAUGUAGUUUUUAACAUUUAUUCAGUCCUCCGUUGUGGAGAAAUAAAAAACCUGUUCCAAUCAAUAAGCAACACCAACAAACCAAGUUUUUGUAAUUUGCAUGUCAAAAGGUGCCUGCCAUUCAAUUCUAAACUGAAAGAAAAGUGUUUUCCUUGCAUAAACGCAUGUGGGCUGACAAGCUUGAGUAUUUGGAACUCUUUGUUCUGUUAUGUGGCAAUUUUCUGUUGGAAGACUGUUAGUAUGUCAUGCCACAUCAUUGGUGAUAAUGGUUCAUAAUAUAAAGUUCCUGAGAUACUUUCCAGAAUUUUGUAUCACAAGUUAUCAGUGUAUUCAUUGUCGUAUAAUGAAUUCUGCUACAUUGAUUUAAAAAGAUAACUUAAAUAUCAGCUGCCCAUAAUAGCUACAGCAUGUUUCUGUUACUUUUUUUCCCUUCUUCUUCUUUCUCGUUAGGUUAAAUGUGACCAUUGUGUUAAAGUGCCAUCAUCCCCGACUCAUUUCAGCAAAUAAACUUUCAAUUGAUGCUGUAUACUUCCAUUUUGUGCAGAAAAGUCUAUGUUUUAAAUUAAUGUCAUAAACUGUUAAUUUGUGCUAAAUUUUGAUGUAUGAAAGAAAAAAAUCUCAGUUUUACAGUCUCAAUAUAUGGAACAGAAUUCUAGGAGGAGGGAUUCAGAAAACUUGUUCCAACUCUGUAAUGCAGACAGUCCAACAGUUACAAAAGAGUAUAAAUAUGUUGCUUAUGUUUUGUUGUUGGAAUAUUUCUAGCAGGCCAAUAAUUUUAAGCCCAUUAUGUUGUUGCAUUCGUGAGUUAGCCAAAGCUUUAAUAUUCAACCAUGAUAAUCAAAAUGGGCAAUAUAAAGCAGCUCCUGCGGUUAACGUUGUGCUGAAAAUUAUGUACUUGUUGAGCUAGCAUUACUGUUCUCAUGAUACUGUGAUAAAGAUUAUUUGUAUUUAAACUGUAUAUAGUAAAUAGAAACUUAUCAGUUUAUGUUAUGGAAUUGAUUAAAUAUUUUUCUAAUGGCAAGAUAGCUGUUUUCCUUUACAGUAAAUCAGUUUAAAUUGUAGCUUAAUUUCUUUCAGUUCAACUGAGGUGUCACUGUAGACUCGGCAUUUUAGUUAUUACAUAAGAAAUAAUUUAAAAUUUCUCAGUGAGUAGUAAUGUAAGACCUACAUAACACAGCAGAUGUGUGGCCUCCUUCCCCCCUACUUACCACCUCCCUCCACUUCACUUCCUCACUUCUCCCCAGCUAUACCUGUUCACUUCAGCACUUCACCCCUCUACUCCACCCUUUCACUCCACCAUUUUAUCGCUUCUGUCACUCUUUUACUCCACCACUUCUCACUUUUUGCCCCUGCUUCACUCCACCACUUCUCAUCUUUCCCCUUGCACUCUAUCACUUGUAAUCCGUCCCCCUUCACUCCACCACUUCCCAUCUUCUGUCCCUUCUUCACUCCACCACUUAUCACCAUCUGCCCCCCUUCAUUCCACCACUUCUCACCAUCUGCCCCCCUUCAUUCCACCACUUCUCACCAUCUGCCCCCCUUCAUUCCACCACUUCUCACCAUCCGCCCCCCUUCAUUCCACCACUUCUCACCAUCUUUCCCCCUUCAUUCCACCAUUUCUCACCAUCUGUCCUCCUUCACUCCACCAUUUCCCAUCUUCUUUCCCUGCUCCACUCCACCACUUCUCACCAUCUGGCCACCUCCCCCCCCCCCCCCUUUCACUCCACCACUUCUCACGUUUUGCCCCUGCUUCACUCCACCACUUCCUCACCUUUUGCCCCUGCUUCACUCCACCACUUCCUCACCUUUUUUCCCCUGCGUCACUCCACCACUUCCUCACCUUUCGUCCCUGCUUCACUCCACCACUUCCUCACCUUUCGCCCCUGCUUCACUCCACCACUUCCUCACCUUUCGCCCCUGCUUCACUCCACCACUCUGCAUCACUGUUCCCCAUCUGCCCUCCUUAGAAUACGACUUCUCUCUCCACUUUUCUCAUGCCACUAUCUAAUUUUUACCCCAUUUUUCCCGUGUGCCUCCACAUAGUAGUCUCCCCCCCCCCUCCCUCUCCCUCUCCCUCUCCCUCUCCCUCUCCCUCUCCCUCUCCCUCUCCCAUCCUAGGCAGCUUUCUUAAUUCAGUUUGGCAGGUCACUGCUUCAUGGAACAUAUGUUAGUAAAAUCACUUCUACAUCUUGUGAUAAAUAGUUCCAAGGUACUGAUACAAAAGACUGACAUUGUAUGUUUAUAUUACAGAAAAUUCUGAGAGACAUCUCACUUUUUAGACUGUGCCUUAAAACUGGUUGUAAAUGAUGACAUCAGUUUUAGAAUAUUUGUAUUUAACUGUGAUAACGUCUGUCUUAUUGCUGUAUGCUUGACUUUAGAACUGCUGCCACAAUUCAGGCACUUCCUAUGUUAAAACAUUUUUCUUCAUAUGCCACACUGCUGUAUGUAGGUUAAAAUGCUAGAUUGUGAGUUGUAUACAGUUAUACUGUAAAAAAACAGUGUACAUUCUAUUUGCUAGCAGUCUUGUCUGCACUGUUUGAUUUUCAUAGUAAUGAAUGUAUUAAGCAUAUAUUCAGAAGCUGGGUUGAAUAUUGAUAUAGGGAAAGUAAAAACAAACAUUACCACUUAAGUACAAAGUCAGAAUGUAAUUCCUUAAAAUAGACUGCCAGAAUUUUUGCAACAGCAGAGGCAUUUGUUAGAUAUUCAUAGCAAGGUGAAAAUGCUCUGGAAUUCAAACUCCAGACACUGAGUGUUGCUAUACAGUUCAGCUAAUGUUUCCUCCUCCCUUACCUCCACUCUGUGUUGGUUAAAAUUUUAUUUUUAAUCAUAUCAGAAUAUUUUGUUCAUUCCAUAUUUGUAGGUAUUAGUAAUUUCUGCACCCAGAUGAUUUGUGUUCCUUCAGAUAUGUUAAUUUUUAAGAUCUAGAGAGUGAUUUUGGAAGUUUUUUCUAAAAGUGUUUUGCUAUUGUUAUUGAACAAUACAGGAUAUUUGUGGAUUGUUCAUCAAUAAAUGAAGUGAAGCUUGUCUGCUCUGGUACAUAUAAAUCACCCUAACAGCAGUAUUUAGAGGUUUAGUUUCUCAUUUGUAAUAUUAUACAUGGCAGUAUUAUUCAGAUUCUAAAUUUACAUUUCUUUCAUAUUAAAUUUAGUUGUUUUGAGUUAA